AAACUUUGCUUUCAAACAGUCGAUGUGAAGAGCCUGCUCGCACCGAUUCCUUCUGUCUGCUCCGUCCCCUCCCUCCCACACGCGCUCCUCUCCCAUCUCUCUAAAUUAGAUGCUUUGCCUGGGUUCCCCCCCUCCCCAUCCUAUUGAUAAACUACCAGUGGAUGUCGUUGUUCUGUUCCUUGUGUGAGCGGAAUGUCACUCCUUUAAGAUGACCUCAAACUCAGCAGAAGCUGGGAACGUCAUUCAGGCUCUCUGCAAGGCGCGGAGAGGGAGGCAGGGAAGGACAGAGCCCCGCCACUAGGGUGUUGUGGGUGUUGUUUUUUUUUUUUUUUUUUGGUCUGAGGAUGGGAAUGCUCUGGGCUCUUUGAACCACACACCGUUUAGCAUCCAGCGCUUCCACUCCGCAAGCCAGGAGCGCUCGGCUGAGAGCUUGAAGACGGGCUGUCCGUGCCACCUUCCCCGGGAGCUCCAGAAACUUUACUCUUGCGCCUCAGGAGGAAAACCAAACGAGCGAAGAAGGCUCCCCGGAGGAGGCGCCCGCAGGAUGCCCGGGAAGUGCUGGCGGGUUCUGGUCACGCUGGUGUCGCUGUGGUGCCUGGCGGGCGGCGCGCGCGGCGGCUACGGCAUGAGCAUGUUCGCGGUGCAGACGGCGCAGCCGGACCCAUGCUACGACGAGAACGGCCACCCGCGGCGGUGCAUCCCGGACUUCGUCAACUCCGCCUUCGGCAAGGAGGUGAAGGUGUCCAGCACCUGCGGCCGGCCGCCGGCCCGCUACUGCGUGGUGAGCGAGAAGGGCGAGGAGCGCGUGCGGACCUGCCACCUCUGCAACGCCUCGGAGCCGCGGCGGGCCCACCCGCCCGCCUUCCUCACCGACCUCAACAACCCGCACAACCUGACGUGCUGGCAGUCGGAGAACUUCGUGCAGCACCCGCACAACGUCACGCUCACCCUCUCGCUGGGCAAGAAGUUCGAGGUGACCUACGUGAGCCUGCAGUUCUGCUCGCCGCGCCCCGAGUCCAUGGCCAUCUACAAGUCCAUGGACUACGGCCGCAGCUGGGUGCCCUUCCAGUUCUACUCGGCCCAGUGCCGCAAGAUGUACGCCAAGCCCAGCCGCGCCGCCAUCACCAAGCAGAACGAGCAGGAGGCCAUCUGCACCGACUCCCACACCGACAUGCGGCCGCUGGCCGGCGGCCUCAUCGCCUUCAGCACCCUGGACGGCCGCCCCUCGGCCCACGACUUCGACAACUCGCCCGUGCUGCAGGACUGGGUCACGGCCACCGACAUCAAGGUGGCCUUCAGCCGCCUCCACACCUUCGGCGACGAGAACGAGGACGACUCCGAGCUGGCCCGCGACUCCUACUUCUACGCCGUCUCCGACCUGCAGGUGGGCGGCCGCUGCAAGUGCAACGGCCACGCGUCGCGCUGCGUCCGCGACCGCGACGACAACCUGGUCUGCGACUGCAAGCACAACACGGCCGGGCCCGAGUGCGACCGCUGCAAGCCCUUCCACUACGACCGGCCCUGGCAGCGGGCCACGGCCCGGGAGGCCAACGAGUGCGUGGCUUGUAACUGCAACCUUCAUGCCCGGAGAUGCCGCUUUAACAUGGAGCUCUACAAGCUUUCAGGCCGCAAGAGCGGAGGGGUCUGCCUUAACUGCCGGCACAACACGGCGGGCCGCCAUUGCCACUAUUGCAAAGAGGGCUACUACCGGGACAUGACCAAGCCGAUCACCCACAGGAAAGCAUGCAAAGCAUGCGAUUGCCAUCCCGUGGGUGCAGCUGGCAAAACCUGUAAUCAAACCACAGGUCAAUGUCCCUGUAAAGAUGGUGUGACUGGCAUCACGUGCAAUCGAUGUGCCAAAGGCUACCAGCAAAGCCGAUCUCCCAUUGCCCCUUGCAUAAAGAUUCCUGUUGCUCCACCCACCACCGCGGCCAGCAGCACAGAAGAACCCGCAGAUUGUGACUCAUACUGCAAGGCGUCCAAGGGGAAACUGAAGAUUAACAUGAAGAAAUACUGCAAGAAAGACUAUGCUGUGCAGAUCCACAUCCUGAAGGCCGACAAAGCUGGCGACUGGUGGAAGUUCACCGUCAACAUCAUCUCUGUGUACAAACAAGGGACCAACCGGAUACGGCGUGGAGACCAGAUCCUGUGGAUCCGUUCCAAGGACAUAGCAUGCAAGUGCCCGAAAAUCAAGCCCAUGAAGAAGUACUUGCUGCUGGGCAAUGACGAAGACUCGCCAGACCAGAACGGGAUCGUAGCGGACAAGAGCAGCUUGGUGAUACAGUGGAGGGACACAUGGGCUCGGAGGCUCAGGAAGUUCCAGCAACGGGAGAAGAAGGGGAAGUGUAAGAAAGCCUAAAGGAAGAGGUGGCAGCGGAGCGCGAGAGAAAGAGAGACUGUGCAUGCUGCUUUGUGUAGAACCUGGAGCAGAUAGGGAUUGGGAUUAGGGAUUUUGUGAAGGAACUCACUUUGCAGUUUGUGUGUGUCGGGGGGGCGGGCGGGUGGGAUGUAGGGGAAUCACUUCUGUGGGACUGCCAAGUUUGCACCUCAUAGUACAGAAAAAAAAAUUACACACACACACACAAAAACCUUUGCGCCAUGAGGCUGGAUUGGGGCCUGCGCUGCCUCGAUCGCCACAGCACCCAGGCUUGUUCAGUUACCAGUUCCCGUGGUCCCCUCACUUAUUUCGCCCCUUUGUGUCGAAGAGAUCAGACGCCAAACUGCCUUAAAACUGCUAACGCCUGCUAGUUCCAAAGCCAAGAAACUAACCAACGGCAAUGCUGGAAAUUAACUUCCCUACCCUGGAAUCACAUUUUCUCAUCUUAGGUUGAACGAGACAAUUAUAGUAGGGGAACUAAUUAGAAAUUGAUCACUGAGGACAUAUUUGAGGAUCAAUUAACACUGGUUACUUGAAUGGUCUUCAGUAAAAUAUAGUUCUAAUAACCAAUUGCCUGCUGUACAGUAUCUAAGAGACAGGGCUAGAUUUUCAAAGUUGGGCAUGUGUGAUGGUGCUUGUUUAUUAGUACCUGCUUGCACCCACACAACAGUAUGCCUCUUACACUGUGUGUGGAGCAGCCACUAGAAGAAGAGAGAGACAAUAGUCGGUGUGUUACACCUGCACCGAACUUUGAAAGCAUGGCCCAGCUAUUCCUGUCGGAUUCAAAUCCAGAUUUUCAAAGGAGAGCUGCAUGCUGUUUAGAUGCCAGCUGGUUAGCACAAGAUAUGCACUGAACCACGUCGCGGUACACAUGGAUCCACCUCCCAGCUGACAAUCCUCAGUCUAGUGUUUAAUAAUUCAGGUCCCAUUUGCCAAUGGCCAAUCAUCGCUGUGUUAUAUCCAGAGAGUGGAGGAGACAGGAGGAUAAGAUUUGCAGAAGCACCUAAGGGAGGUUGGUGCCCAGGCUUUGCUUGGAGGCUUCUUUCCAAACUCUUUGCUGGCAGUAGCUUCACUUCCGUACCCAACUAGCCCUUCACAACCCACUGCCUUCCCCAACCCUCCCGCCCCCAUCCCGGCCUUUAAAUGUUACUCAGAAGAUGAAGGCCCCAUUGGGCAAACUGCUGGGAAGCCCACACAGUCACAUUACUUCCUGCCCCCGAGAGUCCUCACGAGUCCCUGAGACAGCUGGCCACCUGUCUUCUCAUUUCUCAUGCAAGUGACAAUGAGAGGUGGAGAUUUUUGUUCAGCAUCAGGUUGAAGGUGUGGCUUUUGGGGAUUUGUGCUACAGCAGCAAGUAAUAAUGCAACGCUUCAAACACAGAUUCACACCUGUGCAUAAAGGCCUGUGUACUACGUCAGCCCCAGUUGAUGUAAAUGAUGCAUAGCCCUGCACCGGGAGAAACACCAGCCAAAGGGACUAGAUGCAAAAGGCUCUACCCAUUUAGCCACCGUAGAAACAAAUCUUUCCCAAAACAGAACAAUAAUCUGCCAGUAUAAAUGAGAGAAGCUCUGUAAUCCAUAGAGGUCAAUUCUUCUGGGCAGAGGCUAUAUUCAGCUCUCUCUUGGCUUCCGUAUGCACUGCUGAUAUUUAGCACCUCACCAUUAUAACACUGCUAUGGUGGAGCGGUUGGGGCAGAUCAGCUCAGACUCGCGUUAACUCCUCCACGGAGCCUGUGGCACUUCUGCUUUGUUAAAGCCAUGGUGCAGAUUUUUCUUAGCUUCCACAUUAGGCUCAUAAGGGGCGAAGGAGGUUUGCACUCACACACAACUUGUACAAGCAACUGCUUGUAAAACAACAACAAAAAACGGGCGCAACUUGGGUGCACAAUUCAGACUCAAUCUCUACGAUGCCCAUGGUACAAAAAUCAAAACCUCCCUGAUACUUUUCCUGUUAGGAAACUUGGAAACAUCCAUUUUAUGACAUUUUCCAGCAGUUUUGCCUUGUUUUAUAGCAAUUGACAAUAUUUAUAUAAUGACAUAAACUACCCUAAAGCAAGGCAGCGAUGUAAAUAGGUAUAAAAUGGAGAGGUGCCCAGUGAAACGCAGAGCGGGCUUGGGGAGUUGAAAUUCAUGGCUGGGAUGGGGAAACCCGCUCCUCUGAGCUUGUCUGACCCGUGGUGUGAAUUACAAGGCUUAACUAAAGCAAAUUUAGUCGUUAGGAGAGAAAAUACACAGAACGCUCCGCGGCAGUGAGUGUUCGGCAAAACCAAGUAUUUGUCCCACAUCCCCUUUUACUGACCACCGGCCAGAAAGAAGAAGGGCAUCUGGGUGUUAAAGGCAAACGAUUUUGAAGUCAAUGGGACUAGUGCUCCUAAGUCACUUGCAUG